AUGACGACAGUCACAGUGAUCACGGAAGUGUCUCCAGGGGGCAAGCGAGAAGAGCAUUCGGCCUUGUAUGAGUCCACAUCAGCUCACAUUAUUGAAGAAAUAGAAUAUGUAAGAAAGAUUCGAACUACUCUGGAGAAGAUUCGAAAUCAAAUGUUUAAAGAUGAAGUAGGACAAAACAAUACAGAUAACACACUCGAGGCAAAGCCCUGUCAAAACAUUCCCAAUGGCUCUGGCUCUGAGGUGGAACCCUCUCAUUGCACUUUGGACGGGCUUAUGGAAAGGAUGCGAGGAAAAGAUUUACAGCUCUUAGAAAUGAACAAAGAGAAUGAAGUCUUGAAAAUCAAGUUGGAAGCCUCCAGAGAAGCCGGGGCAGCAGCUUUGAGAAACGUGGCACAGAGAUUAUUUGAAAACUACCAACGACAGUCUGAAGAAGUUAGAAAAAAGCAUGAAGACAGCAAGCACUUACUACAGGUCAACAAGCUUGAAAAAGAACAGAAACUGAAACAACAUGUUGAAAAUUUGAAUCAAGUUGCUGCAAAGCUUGAGGAGAAACACAACAGAAUCACGGAAUUGGAGAACCUUGUAGAGCAAAUGGAAAAGGAAAAGAGAACCCUGCUAGAAAGAAAAAUGUCUUUGGAAAAAAAGCUGCUGCAACUGAAACCCAACCCUACAUAUGCUAAAAGUUGCCAGGAUCUUCAAAUGGAGAUUUCCACUCUCCAGGAGCAAAUCUCUCAUCUGCAGUUUGUGAUUCAUUCUCAACAUCAGAACCUGCGCAGUGUCAUCCAGGAGAUGGAAGGGUUGAAAACCAAUCUAAAAGAACAAGAUAAAAUAAUUGAAAAUCUGAAGGAAAAAAUUAACAUGCUUGAAGCCCAGAAUAAAGAACUAAAGAACAAGGUGGCACUCUGGUCUGAAACUCCGAGGACAGUGGUAUCUCAGGCAGUUUCUACCAGUGAAUUGAUGACUCAAGGCACCUCCCCAUAUUUGAUGUUGAUUAGACUACGGAAAUGA